UCAGUCCUCACCCUGGUGUGUGUGCAUGUCCCCACUGGAGAGGGGUCAAGGAAGGAGAAGCUCGAAGAUAAGGAAACAAAACCAAACAUAACGAAACAAAGGAACCACUUUCUUUCCUCUCUCCCAAUGGCUACUUCCAUUAACAGCACUUCUCUGGGGUGGAAAUAUUCCUCCUUGUUCGUACAAUCCAAUGGCUUCAACGUUGCUUCGCCUCCUUUCAAGCCGAAACCGCCACUCUCCAAGUUUUCUCUCACUUGCUCUGCUGACUCAUCUUCUUCUGAUCCACUCUUGGUUAAGGCUGCUAGGGGAGAUCCUGUUAGUCGGCCUCCAGCAUGGAUGAUGCGCCAGGCAGGAAGGUACAUGGCUGUUUACAGAAAGCUUGCUGAGAAACAUCCAUCCUUCCGAGAGAGGUCAGAGACAACUGAUCUCAUUGUGGAAAUUUCUUUGCAGCCUUGGAAAGCUUUCAGGCCUGAUGGAGUAAUUAUUUUCUCGGAUAUCCUUACGCCCCUUCCUGCAUUUGGAGUUGAUUUUGACAUAGAAGAAGUAAGGGGACCAGUUAUACAUUCACCCAUUCGAUCUGAGGAGGGAUUAAAGACUUUGCAUCCGAUUGACCUAGAUAGGCUUAAAUUUGUUGGAGAAUCACUUAAGAUACUGCGCCAAGAGGUUGGUGGUAACGCUGCUGUUUUGGGUUUUGUGGGAGCACCUUGGACAAUAGCAACAUACAUUGUGGAAGGGGGUACAACACGCACAUAUACAACCAUUAAAAGCAUGUGCCACACUGCUCCACAUGUAUUGAGGACUUUGCUUUCUCAUUUGACGCAGGCAAUAGCUGAUUACGUUGUUUUUCAAGUGGAGUCUGGGGCUCACUGCAUACAAAUAUUUGAUUCAUGGGGUGGACAACUACCACCUGAUAUGUGGGAACGCUGGUCAAAGCCUUAUAUCAAAGAGAUUGUAAAUUUGGUCAAGAAAAAAUGUCCGGAGGUACCAAUUGUUCUUUAUAUAAAUGGAAAUGGUGGCCUUCUCGAGCGUAUGAAAGACACUGGAGUUGACGUUAUAGGGCUAGACUGGACAGUAGAUAUGGCUGAUGGAAGAAGAAGAUUGGGUAGUGGGAUAGGUGUGCAGGGAAAUGUGGACCCAGCCUGCUUAUUCUCCCCCCUUUCUGCCCUGACUGAAGAAAUUCAGAGGGUUGUGAGGUGUGCGGGACCUAGACGGCACAUCCUUAAUCUGGGACAUGGUGUUCUUGUUGGCACACCUGAAGAAGCUGUUGCACAUUUCUUUGAAGUAGCUAGGAGCUUGCAGUUUGACACAUUUUUUCAAAACAAUACUGCAAAAGACCCUAAUCUAGUAGCAUAAGGACACACGCCAUUAGUUCAAGCCCUUCUCCAAAGGAAGAGUGUAGGUUUAGUCCUUCCUUGUUAUUAUGCUGCUAUGAGAUGAUCAAAGGUCUGAGGAUUUGCACAUUGCUGUACCGGCUAAGUAGAUGAAGUUGUGAUUUUUACAUUCUGCUGUAUUUAUAAUUGAUUAUGAUAAAUUAAUUAGAGUAUUCCUUCCAA